AUGAAUAUCUCAAAAGAUUCAGAAGCUGAAAAGCUCAGCAUCCAAGACGAAACCAAGCCCAGUCUCGGUCAUGUCGAAGUCCUUGCCGAUCCGAUUCCUACCAAGCUGGAGGAUGUCCAGGCUCCACAGAUGACAGCAAGGGAUCAAUGGCACCAGCUCUCCACUGCCAUUCACGCUGAGAAGCGGUAUUGUUGCUGGGCGCUCUUCACAAUCCUCCUCGUUUUCAGUUGGGGUUAUGAUUCCGGCCUGUCAGGAAUCGCUAUUGCCUUCCCGGAGUUCCGCAAAGCAUACGGCAACUACUAUGCUGUCAGUGACGAAUAUGUGAUACCCGCGCUGUGGCAGUCCCUCUGGAACGCAGCGUCUACAAUUGGACAAGUGUUCGGUGGUUACGCGGCUGGGCAGUUCGCGGAUUACUUGGGUCGGAAGUUCCUCCUCUACGUGGCUAUUGUCGUUGCACUCGCCUCUUCGUUUGCGUUGGUGUUUGCCCCAAACCUUCCAGUUCUCUUUGUUUCAAAGCUCCUUCUUGGUCUUUCUGUCGGUCUAUCGACAGUUCUUCCACCCUUGUAUGUCACGGAGAAUGCACCUACAGCCCUCCGUUCCACAUUCUCAUCUCUGACGAACGUCAUGAUUGUAUUCGGUCAAUUUUGCGCUUCCAUGACCGGAUACGGAGCCUCCAAUAUCCACGGCACUUGGUCUUAUAGACUUGCAUUUGUGAUGACCUUCCUCCCGCCCGGUAUCUACCUGUGCGGGCUCCCAUUUCUGCCCGAGAGCCCAGUCUGGUACAUUAAGAAGGGUCGGGAGGAAGACGCACGCAAGGCCAUUCUCAAGCUCUAUGGCCCCGAAUCCGAUGUCGAUGCCCGCGUUGAGACAAUCAAGUCCGAGCUCCGACAGACAGAAGACAGCGAGUCUGCCGCCGGCCAGACGAGUUGGAAGAGUAUAUUUUCCAAAGAGCAUCGAUCCCGCACUCUCGUUGCUGUUCUCGGUCUUCAGGCCCAAAAUUUCUCCGGUGGCUAUUUCGCCAACACAUACCAGACCUACUACUUCCAGUUGAUCGGUCAAGCGGACUCCUUCCAACUCACAGCAAUCUCUUCAUCACUACAACUCCUAUCCAACUUCGUCGCUCUAUGUCUUUCUGAUGUGAUUCCGCGCAGAAAGGGCCUUGUCGGUGGUGGAACCACACUUAUGUUCUGGUCCGUCAUCAUCGCGGGUCUAUCCAUGGCGCCAAAAUCAAAUGCAUCCGCCAACACAGCCGUACUCGCAUUCAUGAUUACCUGGUCGAUGUUAUAUACCGCCACUGUGGGGUGCUACGGAUGGGCCGUGGCCCAAGAGACUGCGGCACAAGCUACCCGUCCCAAGACAAUCUCUUUUGUCUUGAUUUGCCAGCAACUGACGGCUCUACUGCUUUCGUCUGUGUUCCCGUAUUUCAUCAAUCCUGAUGAGCUCAAUUGGGGCGGCAAAGUCAUGUUUUUGUUCGUUGGAGUCGAGCUGUUCAUCAUGGCUGGUCUCUAUCUCCUUCAGCCGGAGACUCAGAACCGAUCGUACACUGAGAUUGAUGCGCUGUAUGCUGGCAAGGUUCCUCCUCGCAAAUUCACUCAAUUUGUGGUUGUGGAUGGAGAAGUCAUCAAGAUUCAGCAAAAAGGUGGCUGGUUUGGGCGGAUGUUCGACCAGACCCGCCAUGUCAAGGAGGUUUUAUGUUGA